AUGCCACAGUCGGACAGCAUCAGUACUCGGAACGCCGCCCACCUCGGUGGAACUGAGGAAUUCGACGCAAUCAUCGCAGGCAAUAGAGGCGACGACAACCGCGGACUCGGUGGAUUCCUUUGGGGCCCGCCUGACGCCGUCGACUCGGCGGCCAGGCGCUUCGUCCGAGCUGCCGUGGACAGAAAUAUCGCACAGUACGCCUCCUCGAUCACGGCCGUGAAACUUCUACUUCCGACGGUAGACGGCUACGCCCUCCGCAAUGACCUUAUCCAGAGACGGCUCUUGACCUGCGACCUCGUCGAGGAGGCGGCCGAGUUCACUUCAACAGGAAAAGAGAUCCACGCGUUCGACUUCGAAGAGGGCACUCGCGUCAUUCCGAGGGCAUUGGACGGCGCAGUGGGUGCCAUGCUGCAGAAACAACUGCCGAGUAUGCAACUUCAGCUCGUGGAGUACACCUUGUCCCUCCUAGAAGCCGAGGUCACAGGAAGACUCUCAUUUCCCUGGAUCAGUCACUCGCCGCUUCCCAAGUUCCGACUGGCUGUCGUGGAGGCCAGACCCAACGAGAUGGUGGCCGCGACUGCGGGUAUGGGCAUGUACCGCGCCGCUCGCGCCUUGGGGAUCGACCUCAUCAUCUUGGAAAGGGAUCACGAAUGGGCCCGGAAGUUGGCCGCCGAGGGCGGUGGUGUCGAGUUCGUUCCCUGCGACCUGACGCAAGACGACGGGCUGCCUGAUCGCAUCGUCGAGGCCCUCUCGCACAGCCGACAGCCGGUGGAUGGCAUUACCACGUUCAACGACUAUUACACCCACGUGACCGCCUUGGUGGCCGAGAAGAUGGGGCUACCCACGAACCCCUCGCAAUCCAUCCAUCUUUGUCGUGACAAGGCGAAGAUGCGCCAGGCGGUAUGUCCGGACACGCAAGUCCUCUCCGUGCAAGGGCUCGCGGACUUGAGGGAGAAGCUUUCCGGAUUGAAGACUCCGCUGCAGUACCCCUUGAUCGUGAAGCCCGCCAUCGGGUGUGCGUCCGAGGGAGUGACGAGGGUGUCGUCGGAAGCAGACCUCUUUAUGGCGGUGGACCGAAUCGAGCAGAAGUUCCCCGGGACCAGCUCCCUCCUAGAGCCGUACGCUUCCGGGCCGGAGGUGGACGUGAACCUGGUGUUUCUCGACGGGAAGCUCAUCUGGGGUGAGGUCGUCGACGAUUUCCCCACCUCGGCCGAGGUCGACGAGAUUGCCGAUUCCAACGCGUCCGGGGUCCCGAACAGGGGAGCUGGGCCUCAAACUCCAUCAUCGUCCAUUUCCUUCGCCGAAACUUCCGAUAUCCUGCCAUCGAUCCUGCCGAGUGACGAAUUGGACCUCUUGAAGCGUGAUUUGGCCGAGAAGCUGAAGAGACUGGGAAUCCGCAACGGGAUAUUCCACCUCGAGGCGCGGGUCGAGAACAGCAAGGCGCGAUUUGCCAUGACGGACCGAGGUGUCGAGGUCGUACCUCGAGAGGACAGCACCUCGACCGGUAACGAGCCAGACCCCAGCGUGUUUCUCAUCGAGAUCAACGCCAGGAUUCCCGGCCAUCAGGAAUCGUACUCGGUGGAGUACACCUACGGCAUCGACUACUAUGCCUUGCAGCUCCUGGCAGCUCUGGUUCCGCCCGGGGAGGGGGAAUCGGCACACGAUGUGGUGAAGACGCACAUCCGGGCCUUGUCUCGGCCUCUACAACCAAGCAGCCAGUUUCCAACGCACAUUGUGUUCUCGGCAGCAACACGCGGAGGCACGUUCUUGGGCACCGAUGCGCUCCCCGCGUCGCUGGCGAGAUGGAUCACGAACUCCAAGGUGUACAAGAACGUCGGAGACGUGAUCGGCAAUCCGUCCGUGGAGGGCAAGUGGCCGUUCUUGGCGUACUUUGGUGUAACUGGGAGGUUGGCUGGACGUGAUGGAAGGGAACAGGCUCGAGGACUGGGGGAACUCGUCAGGGAAACCUUCACAUGUUCAGUAGAAUGA